AUGAAGGUGAACUCAGUGUUUCUCCCACUUCCAGAGUUCGAGGACGUGACCAGUUCUUUGAAUUUCGAUACGACCGACUGCCACAUUGUCGGCGGCUGCGAUAUUUACACCACCAAAGCGGCACGCUCCGAUCGGAAACUCUACAACCAUAUCGAACAGUCGCUCGAAGCUCAAUAUGAAUCUGUCCUUCGAUUUUCAGCUUCACUUUCACCUCCGAACGCACACGAUGCCGCCGAGACCCUCAAUUUAUCGCGGUCUAGCCCGUUCGGACCCCUGAGCGACCAUUCGAGCCGACGGACCUUUGCCUAUUUGAUUGCCACUUUGAAUGCAAGCCAUCCAGAUUACGACUUUUCACAGGUCUUGCGCCCUACUGAUUUCCGACGGGAGCGGAAUUUGAAGCGCGUCAUGAACACAGUCGAUUCGACGCUGCUCAACCUGCGACCGCGCGAGAACACCAACUUGUCUCCUGCAUCCCCUGCGACGCUUUCUGGAUCGUACACAGUAGGAGCAUCUUCUGCGUGGGGCCCACGAGUAUGGAAAACGAUAGAUGAGCACAUGUCGCUCAAGGAGUGUUCGAUCUACUCGUAUUCGCCGGAGGAGGACCCAUCCGAUGCCGAUGAUGGGGCUAUCUGGAGUCUACAUUUCUUUUUCUUCAACCCGAUUCGCAAGCGCGUCUGUUACAUCUUCCUCCGCGCAAUUCCAAUCCUCAGCCACACCCCAGAUGAGAUGGCCACUACGCCUACUGGGAAGCGGACCUACGACGAGGGAUACCUCACGCCAGACCUUAGCUCUAGCAAGCGUGCUAAGUUCUGGUUCGGGGAUCGCGCUAGAUCACACCUUAUUGCCAGCGACAGUGACGAUGAGAUGGAUCGCCCUCUAAAGACGAUUCGAACCGGGGUGGAUGAAUAUGACCCGUACGUGAUCAGUGACGACGACGAGCAUUUGCCAAAUGCCCGCCGGGGAGUCCGGGCCAUGAGCGAGGAAAUUGCGGCCUCGAUGGAGGUCUAA